CCUGUCAAAACAAAAAGCAGCAAUCCACAACGUCCACGCCCUCCAUGGCCUCAGCAGACACCACCACGCACAUGUCGACCAACUCACUCUUCAGCUCGCUGCUCGAGCAGUCGCGGAAGCUGCGCCAGGAAACCGACAACGCCGACCUCCCGUCCAUCCAGCUCGGCCUGGGAGAGAUUGAGCGACGCGCCAAAGAGCUAAAGAAAACUGUCCCCGGACGAACCGAUGCGAGAGCACGCUACCUGCUCCGCGCCGGAGGCAUCGAUGCCGAUCAGAACUUGAGGGAUCUGGAGUCAAUCGAUUUCCAAACAGCUUACGAGCCGUCGGGACCGAUCGACACCGACGUCGAGUCGUACCUCCGCAACCGACGAGACCAGAGCGUCGAAUCAUCGAUCGAGGAGGGCAUGCGCCGUACUGCCCGCGACUUCGAUUCGUUCGUCGCCAAGAAUGUCACCACCGAGUGGGAAGCGCAGAAGCAGCGGAUAUUCGAGCACUUCGGGCUCGGAGGAAAGCCGUCGCCCACCGCGCAGAACGGCGAUAACGGCGGAUUCGGGCUGAGCGCUUUCGGUGCGUCGUCGUUCGGACGGUCAAGAUUGAGCGGAUCUGUGGGCCCCGCGAGUAACGGUGGAAACCUGGGUACCAACAGUGUCUGGGCGAAGUUGAAUCUGGGACAGAGCGUACUGGGCAAGUCAGUCACGGCGAGACCAACAGAGCAGACCGCUUCGAUGUAUCAGGGAAGCUUGUUUGCCGAUGUGGACUCGUCGACACAGGCGGAGCUCUCGAGACCGGUACAGUUGAGGCAGCAGAGAUAUUCCCAGGCAGUCAAGAAUUUGAACCUCACACGGCUGAGCGCAACUCCGGGAUCGGGGAGCUUCGCGAUCAUGAAGGAGUUUGGUGAUCUCACAGCUGCCACGGGCGGCGAUAUGUUGACGCUACAGUUGCAAGAUUCAUGGAGCCUACUCAGUAACAUCGUUUGCGAGGACGGCGGAGACAACCCUUUUGGAGGUGCACAAGAACGGCGGUUUGUACGAGAUCACAUCUUGAAUACUGCAGUCGACGGACAGGAGGCAGGCCGGAUCCGCAAGCGUGUUGAGAAGGGCUCCAGGCGAUUUUUGGAGAAACAGUUCAACCAAGUGGUCGAUAAGGCGGUUUCCGACAACCCCCAGAUCGCUAGAGUUGGAGGUGUGCCAUCAGUGUUUAACAAGUUCCGUGGUUUCAUCAAUGUCAAGAUGGCUCAGAAUAAGGACAAGCCAGACUGGGACGUCAGAUGUUUCCAAUCCAUCAACGAAGUGCCGUGCUGGGCGAUGGUCUUCUACCUGAUCCGUGCUGGUUUGCUCAAGGAUGCAGACAGCUAUGUUCAGCAGCAUUUGGCGCAGUUCCAGAAGCUUGAUCGGGGCUUUGCAUCGUACUUGCACGCGUACGUAGCCCACGAAGACCGCCGCUUGUCCCGGCCGCUUCAUGAUCGUAUCAACGGCGAGUACAACAACCGCAUCCGUCAUAUGGAGGAUUGCAAAGAUCCCUUCAAGCCGGCAGUGUACAAGAUCAUUGGACGGUGUGAGCUCGCGAAGCGAUCACUCCCCAACAUCAUGCCCACGGCUGAGGAUUGGAUGUGGCUACAGCUCGUUUUGACGAGGGAAAUCGACCGGACGUCGGAGCCUGCCCACGAGGUCUUUACCCUGCACGAUCUCCAGAAGAGUGUUUCGCAGUUCGGCGCAAAGCACUUCAUGGCUAAGGGUAGUAACUUUGGCCUGUAUUUCCAAAUGUUGCUCAUGUGCGGACUAUUCGAGGAUGCUGUUCACUAUCUGUACGGAUUCCAGUUCGUCGACGGAGUACACUUUGCCAUCGCCCUCACAUAUUACGGAUUACUGAGGCCGUCUGACAAUCCAAUGACUCUGGAGCUGCUCACCCUGGGCGUAAAUGGCGAAAAACGGAUCAACUUCCCUCGGAUGAUUGGUUACUAUACCUCCGAUUUCCGCACCCCGGACACAGAGGCAGCAGUAGAUUAUCUCUCCCUUAUAUGUCUCAACGGUGAUCUUCCCGACCCAGUCGGUCCUGCCCAGCUCAAGAUCUGCCACGAUGCUCUGCGGGAGCUCGUCCUCACAACCCGCGAGUUCACCAAACUGCUGGGCGACGUUCGUGCAGACGGAACUCGCGAGAAGGGGGCGAUCGAGAAGCGGAUGAAGCUCAUCAAACUCUCGGACCAAGACCAAUUCCUUCAUACCAUCACCGAACAGGCGGCCGUACAAGCGGACGACGACGGUCGGGCUGCAGAUGCGGUGCUGCUGUACCAUCUUGCCGAGGACUAUGAUACAGUCGUACAGAUCCUCAACAAGUAUCUGUCUAGUCACAUCGCAUUGGACGAUGGCAUCCCGUUCCAGGGCCUUCACGGGUCAAACGUUCCUCCUGGCUCCAGCAUGUCGCUUGCCUCUGUUGAUGAUCCUACGCACUUGGCGAUCAACAUGCUCACAGUGUACAAGAACAACCACAUCGCGCGUAAGAUCAACCCGCGUAAUCGCGAGGCCUGUGGUGUUCUACUGCAGAUCUCGGAGGCCAAGAGGCAAUACGAGAUGGGCGAGUGGGCAGCAUGUCUCUCGAUCAUCGACCACGUGGACGUGAUCCCGCUCGACCCCCGCGGCGACGUCGGCAACAUCCGCCGCCGCGCACAGAACUUCGUCACGCUGCACGAAACGGUGGCGCGCAACGUCGGCAUCCUCCUCAAGAUGGCGGUCGACUGCUGCACGCGGCUGUGCCAGGAGCUGCGCGAGAGCGGAUACACCGAUGCCAACAAGGAUCAGAAGCUCGGCGAACUCAGGGCUAGGAUAAAAUCCGCCAUGAUCUAUGCCGGCAUGAUCCAGUACAAGCUGCCCGCCCAUAUCUAUGCUUUCUUGAACAGCAGGGAUGUCGGCGAGUAGUGGUGGUGGCACGGCACUGGUGGGGUGGGCUGUAGAUGAAAAUCUUCUUUUGGUGGUGGGUAUUUGUGGGGAUACGAGAUUGGAAUGCGCGAUGGUGGAGUUAAUGAUGGCUAUGAAUCUUGCGGUCCUACUACUCCAUACCUUGUGACAUUUAAGUGUGCUUUUGGUCUUUGUGAUUCAUCGUUCCGUUGCAUUUUGGUUUCCGUGGUCCGAGACAAUUCAAACCUUGGGACAACAUCCAGCAAGAACCAG